ACGACAUCAUUGGGACAAUAUUUAUUAGGUUAUGUUUUCACCACGUCAACAGUCAACGUCAAUCAUCAACAAAAAAUUUUUCAAGUGUUACCGCAAAGAUAUUACAUAUAUAUAGUUAACCGGGAUUCUUGAUAUUAGACAAUAAUAAAAGACUCUAACAAUUGUACAAAUAAGAAUAAUUUCAACCAAAGAGAUUAUUGGAUUUUUGAUAAAAAAAAAAAUUAAUUUAUAUAAAAUAAUGGGACGAAUAUUAUUAUUACAUCCCGAUUUGGGUGUUGGAGGAGCCGAGAGGUUAGUGGUUGAUGCUGCACUUGCAUUAAAAAGUGGAGGACAUGAAGUAAAAUUCGUGACAACUCAUCAUGAUACCAAUCAUUGUUUUAUGGAAACAAAAGAUGGUACCAUACCGGUAACAGUUUAUGGUGAUUGGUUGCCGAGACACAUUUAUGGGCGCUUUUUUGCACUUUGUGCUUACAUUCGAAUGAUCUACGCUGCCUUUUGCAUAUUACUUUUCGAAAACAUUCCCGAUAUUGUGUUUUGUGAUUUAGUAUCAAUUUGCAUUCCAAUUCUAAAAUUGCGAUGUCCACGCGUUUUAUUUUACGUACAUUUUCCCGAUCAACUUUUAUCUAGCAAAGGUGGCCUAUUAAAAACAAUAUAUCGUGCACCUCUUAAUUAUUUAGAAGAAUAUACAACGGGAAAAGCAAACAAGAUACUAGUCAACAGUCAAUUCACUCAGGGAGUAUUUGAAAAAACCUUCAAGAAAUUGAAAAUUGAGACUGAAAUUUUAUAUCCAACAGUGCACACGGAAUUUUUUGAUAAAACAAAAAUUUUACCACUCGAACGUGUAAUUGAUAGAAAAUUACCAAAAAAUAGUUUCAUUCUAUUGUCAAUUAAUCGUUAUGAGCGAAAGAAAGAUUUACAUCUUUGCAUUGAGGCAAUGUCAAUUCUUCAAACACUUUUGAGAAAAGAUUUUGAGAAUAUAUAUUUAAUAAUGGCAGGCGGUUAUGAUAAACGUGUCGAAGAAAAUGUUGAACAUUAUUUAGAAUUAAUAGGUCUCGCUGAUGAAUUGCACGUUAGUGAUCAUAUUAUUUUUCUUCGCUCGCCAUCUGAUCAAGAAAAAGUUUCACUUCUUCAUCAUGCGGAUGUUGUUGUUUAUACACCGCGCAAUGAACAUUUUGGCAUUGUACCACUUGAGGCUAUGUAUGCGGGGAAAGCAGUCAUUGCACAAAAUUCCGGUGGACCUAAAGAAUCUAUAAAAAAUGGACAAACAGGUUUUUUAGUAGAUUCAGAUAGUUCUGACUUUGCGGGAAAAAUGAGAAUUUUUGUCUGUGAUGCGACGAUGAGAACUCAAUUUGGCAAAGAUGGAAAACAACGAUUUAUGGAUUUAUUCAGUUUUAAUGCAUUUGAAGAGAAAUUAAAUGCAAUUGUGAAAAGAUUAUUGGAAAAUCGUGAAAAUCAAAAAACAGAGUAAGUUACAAGAACUCACUUUUAAUGAGACUUGACUGUAAUUUAUUUUAGGAUAAUUUCCUAAAAGAGAAUAUGAACUGAAUUUUAAUUAAAAUAAUUAUAUCAAUUUAAUGAUAUUUACAUUAGAUCGAGUUAUUUUUAAAACAUAAAAAUUAAAAAAUUAAUCAAAGAAAAUUGCUAUUAUUAUUUAAUAAUUUAAUAAUAUUAAUUAUUUUUAUUCAAAUUAUAAUAUAUUAAUGUUGCUCGAAGAAAAUAAAAAUGUUAUAUAUUUGUACGAAAACGUAAAUAAAAUUUUGAAAUACAUUUCUAAAAUGCAAAAA